UUGUUGUCAAGGAAUUUUGUAAUUCAAAUAUAAGCGGAUUAAUUAAAACUGCUGAGGAAAAAUUUAUUGAAAAUAGUAAAAAACAAAGUGGAGAGCCAAGCCAUAAUUUUAAGAAUUUUUUGAAUCCCAUGUCUAUGAUGGCAAACAAACAAAACUCUAUUUCAUUAAACAUUAAUAUUUAUUUUUUAAAGGAAACAGAAAAUAAUGGGGAAAUAAAAGAAAUUGUGAAUAUAAAUUCUUCUAUUGAAACACAAUAUUUUCUUGAACAAAAAUCAAAUAAAGGAAACGAUAAAUUAGUUCAAAUAAAUGAAAACAGCCAAGAUGUGGUUGAAUUUACAAAAGGUUUGUAA